UGGACAAACCAUAUUACGCGCACGCAUUGGCUCCUCUCCCCUAUUGCAAUUGAUUUGCACGAAAUAUUAUUCUCAAUAUUUGGCAUCGAAGGUCAUGAUUUUGCACAGCGUGAACAAGGAGUAUUAACAUUAUCGACUAUUCAUGUGUGCUGAAGCGCUCAUAGUUGAUCUGUUCGUGGGUUCUCUUGAAGUCGUCAAUUCCUUGAUUGGCACGGUUGCUUCAUGGUCGCAGCGGUUACAGGAUAUCUAAAUCUUUCAGUCCAGAGGCAACGAGAGUGAGAUACCGGUGUGUUAUUUGUAGCUACUUAUAUGUGCCUGGCGCCUCACAACGCAGGCACUAAUUGAUUACCUCAUUUGAACCUGGCAGCGGCAACAUUCCAUUCAGGUGUUCAUCGAUUCCUUUCUUGAGCAUCACUGCGGUGGGAAGAUAAAGGGGCAAAAUAUAUAAUUGGCCUACUUCAUAUCGGGUUAUUAGGCUGGGAAAAUCUGAGUAGUUAAAGCCAUACACUUGGUAUUUCAAAAGAAUGGACAUCAUUUCACAGCUGCAGGAGCAAGUUGGUCUAAUUGCAGGGAUUACCUUCAAUACCGUUGGUACACUGCAACGAGAUGCUCCACCGUUGCAGUUAUCUCCAAAUUAUCCUGAGCCGCAGUCUAACUCAACAGAAGAUCCAGCUGCAGUGGCAGAUCAACCAAGGUCCAUGGCUGCUGCUUUAAUAGAUGCAGCUAAACAGUUUGAUGCCUUGGUAGCGGCACUGCCUUUAUCGGAGGGAGGAGAGGAAGCACAACUUAGACAGAUUGAACAACUUCAAGGAGAAAAUGAAGAAGUGGGCAAGGAGCUCCAGAAGGAAUUAGAGGCUGCAGAAUUGGAAUUCAAGCAAAUACAGGAACUUUUUGAUAUGACAACAGACAAUUGUUUUAAUCUGAAGUCACCUCGCUAACCAUUUGAGGGAAGUGGAGUAUUCCACUAUAAAGUGUAGCAAGACACAUUACCAUUGUUAGUCAAGCCUCAAUAUUCAAUGAGACACUUCUUUAUCUCAAAGGAACGACUAGAUGAUUCUCCUUGACUUAUGUUUGUAUCAUAUUCUCCUUUUGGAAAGGAGGUGACAAAAUGUGGUUGUCUAGGAGUAUCUUUAGCUAGGCUCUAGGUGAUUAAAUUAAUGCAGAAAAAUUUGAUGUCAAAUUAUGUACACAUAUUUGUAAUUUUUUGAUUGUUUAGUUUCAUUGAUCCAUAAUUAGUAUGGAUUUUGCACCA